CAACACGCGGGUGGGAGUUGGGAUGUAGCUCCAUCCCCUCCCCGCCCCAGCCCCCUCCAGACUGGGGCAACAGCCUAGACAGAUCUGGGGCUGGAGGAGGAGGAGGGGGCGUGGGGCGUGGUGGGGCGGAGUGGGGCGGGGGAGUGUUUGUCCUGCGGGAAGCGGAGCCCGCCCGAAGCUGCCUUUCCCUCUCCGGCGGCGGGCAGGGAACUGGCGCAGAAUCCUCAGUUCUCAGCGAAUGAGGGAGCUCAGGGAGGGGCUGGGUUGAGACUGGGAGGGGGGCGGGUGUCAUUAGUGCUUCCCAGCAAAAGCAGCUUCCUUUCCAGGCGGGGAGGAGAGAGAGGCAGGCUGGGGACUGACUGGUGCAGGGAGCCCGGAGCAGGCGGAGUUGGUGGUCUGGCUCCCUUCCCUUCCUUGCGCAUCCCUCUCGCCCGCCCGCCCGCCGCUGCAUCCCUCCUGCAUCCCUGGAGAGAGAGCGGUCCUUGGGUACCAGCGUCCUCGGAGCCUGCCCGCCGCGGCUCCUUUCCUGGGCUGUCCUCUCCUGCUGCUGUUCCCAUCCUCGGAGAGCGCUCCGGGCUCUUCCUCCGGGGUACCGCCCUGCCCUCUCUCUCUCCGCCCUGCAUCUCCUGGAGAGAGCGCGCAGCAUCCCUCCUCCUGGGUACCAGCCUCGGCAUCCCAUCCCGCAUCUCCGAGGAGUGCAGCGGCGGCGCCUCUCUCGAUGCAAGGGUGACCACGGUGAUGGGCUUGCAGUGGGCAGCUUGUUAGGUGUGGAACCGAGGCAGACCACCUCAGAGCCAUGGGGGUGCUGAUGUCCAGGCGGCAGACCGUGGAGCAGGUCCAGAAGGUCAGCCUGGCUGUGUCGGCCUUCAAGGACGGGCUGCGAGAACGCAAGUCGGAGGGCAGCACCAGCCGGAGGGGCACCAUCGAGGACACGGUGCAGGAACUCAGAGAAGAGGAGGCGUCGGAAGCAGGGUCUUCGGCGGGGCUCCAGCAGAAAGAGGAGACCCGCUUCCGCAGGGCGGCCUGGGAGAGGCUGCGGGACGGGCGAGGGGUGGAGCCCGAAGAGUUUGACCGCACCACCUUCUUCACGCCGCCAGCCUUUGCCCGGCCCACUCGGAGGGAGCAGGAUGACGAGCCCAUUGAGAUCAGCCUGGAGCAGAGGGAGCAGGUGACCAACGACGAGACGUGCGAGGUGUGCGAAGUGUGGACAGCGGACAGCCUCCUGCCCUGCCGCGUCUGCACGAGGGUCUACCACGACGGCUGCCUCCGCCGGAUGGGCUUCCUGCCCCAGGACAACACCAGCGAGGUCAUUGAGGCGGCCCAUUCGGAGACCGGCUGGAGCUGCUACUCUUGCGACAAUCUCAACUUGCUCCUCACUGAGGAGGAGAUGAGCAGCCUCUUCCAGGCCUUCCAGCAAGGCAAGGUCGCCCCAGACAGUGCGCUGACCUUGAAUGUCUUCUUGGGCUACAAGCGGCUGUCGAACCAGCAGCCCAGCAGCGAGGAGCAGGAAGACCAGGACGCCCUGCAGUUUUCAGCGCUGGAUCCAGAGAAGAAAGGCCGUGUUGAAUGGGUGGAUUUCCUCUCCCACGAGUCCGUCCUGCAGCUGCAGAGAUCACGGACACAGAACGCCCUGCUGCGCCUGCUGACGGGCAAGGAGAGAGAGCGGGCACGAUCCACUUUCUUGUCGCUGGACCAGCACGGGGACGGGCUCAUCAGCGAGGCAGAGAGUCGGCGCAGCCAACACACGUGGUUCCGUAAGCGGCACAAGGAGGUGCCCUCUUGCAACGUCAGCAUCAGCCACGUGGGCCCCAUCUCAGAGAGCAGCCCAGCCAGCAACACAAGCCAGGACCAGGUGCUGUUGAAUCCAGAGCCAGAGGAACCAAGCCGGACCAUCAACUGGCCUACUUUCCUGCGAGAGAGCACCAUCUACAUCCUUGCCGCCCGGCCCAACAGCCCUGCCAUCCACCUGAAGCCGUUGGCAUAGGGGCACGCUUGGCAAGGGGGGGGCGGUCAGAGACAAACAGAUUUGCCUCGCUGGGAAGAGCAGGAAAGUCUCCACACUCCUGCCAAGCCAUCUGGAUUGACACGGGCAAAACUUCUUGAUUGCUGGAGCAGCCAAACGACACAAGCCAGAAAACAGCCAGGAGAUUGGUGAUGAUGGAGGGCAAAGCAUUUGGCCCUUAUGCCCAUCACUUCCCCCCCCUCACCCCCUUCUCUGAAUCUCUCCCCACACACCCACAGAGACCUAUAGGCAGGACCCUGGCUACAUCAUUGGGCAGGGACACCCCCUUUUUUAUCAAUCGGUUUAAAACGUAGACAUUUCACUUCCAGGUUGGCCAGUUCAUAAAACAGUUCAGAUCCUCCAGCUGCACCUCACAGCUCCUGCUUAGAGCCAAAAGAAAACUCAAGCGUUCCUCAGCCUUCUCAUUAUCCAGCAGGCAGGGCCAAAGAGCUUGUGCAUCGCAGCCAAGUUCCAGGGUUCCUGGGCAUCUGCUCAUCUCAGCACCUUCCUGAAUGGCCACCGACAAAAUCAAAGCCUCAGCAUUGGGCUCCUGGUCAAGAAAUCACAGAAUCAUAGAAUUGUAGGCUUGGUACCCCAAGGGUCAUCCAAACCAACCCCCCACAAAGUCCCUGUUGCAUUCUAGUUUGUUAUUAGCUAUUGCAAGGGGAGGGGAGGAAUCAGCUACAGGCAGAGGACACACUCGUUUUUCAAUAGGGAGGGAGGAAAUCUGUUCAGUUCCCGUUUAAAGUUGAGCUUGCCUGGCUUUCCUAGACAAUAUGAGGAAUCAAAAGACAGCUGUUCCUCCAAAUUCACACUUCUCUGAAUUUUUGCCAUGCAGUUCCCCAGCCAUGUAAUAUGCGCAGGCAGGCUGAUGCUGAUGAAAUUUCAUGAGGACGCCUGAAAGUCAACAAUUCUCAAACUGCUCUUGAAAUGUGUCGAACCGAACAGAAGAUUGGAAAAACAAGAAAGUGAGAGAAACUGGAACUGACAACUUGGCCCUUGAGUAGCUGAGAGAGUGCCGAGCUCAUGGGCUGCCUGCAGGAUCUUGCAGUUUCACCUCUCAGUAGUGGCCUUUGCAAACUGCAAAUGGAAGUGCUAGCUAGACAGAGCACAGGCUCAUUGCCACAAAAUAGAGUCAUUUGCCAAACCCAAAUCUCCACUCUUUGUCCACCACCCUCCUUCCAAUUUAUCAUAUUUACAGCCACUGUGGUGGAUCCUGGCCCCUAAGGACCUGGAACCCUGCAAGGGGAAUUCCAGAGAAACCUAUUUCUGCAUCUCUAGGAGAUGACCCCAGGAAGAGGAUGCGCACUUCAGCAGAACAGGGAGAAGCUACCUUCUGGCCAAGGCUGAACAUGCUUCCCCUGUCCCUUUUUGAGUGAUUUCUACUCCCAGGAAGGCUCCUGAUAGCUCAGCCUGGAGAACAGAGUGAAGAUUACAUGAACCACCUGGGACAUGGGUCCAUCAGGCUGAGGGUCCAUCUAGCGGCGAUGCCCAUUGGUGCCCAUUGGGACUGGUAGGGCAGGACGCAGGAGGACCAACAGCAGGUGACACCAGAGGUAGCUGAUUCUAGUUCUAACAGGGGCAACUCUGAGAUGAAGAGGGAGGAAGCUGGCAGGUUGUGCCUGCUCCCCAGAGGGAUAGUAAGUAAGAACAGAAGGCAGGUGGAGCCUCCAUGUAUUUUCCGCUCUUGUACUCCGUUAACUUAGAGCAGCUAGUGGCCUCUGGGGAAACCUUACAAGAGACCAUCCUGCCCUGUCCUCUGCUUUUACCUCCAAUGAAGGAGCUUCCAUCACCUCCUGAGGAAGCCCACUCCACUGUCAAGGAGUUCUUCCUGAUGUUUAGUCGGAAUCUCCUUUCCUGUCUCUUGAUUCCAUCCUUUCUGGUCCUCCCCUCCAGACCAGGAGAAAACAAGCUUGCUCCAUGUGACAGCCCUUGAGAUAUUUGAAGAUGACUAUCCUGUUUCCUCUCAGUCUCCUCUUUUCCAGGCUAAACAUACCCAGCUCUUUCAACCGUUCCUCAUCAGGCUUGGUUUCCAGCCCCUUAAUCACCCUGGUUGCCCUGCUCUUCACACCUUCCAGCUUGUCAACAUCCUUCUUAAAUUGUGGUGCCCAGAGUUGGACACAGGACUCCAGGGGUGGCCUGAUCUGACUGAGGCAGAAUAGAACAGGACGGUGACUUCCCUUGACCUGGACACUGGACUUCUGUAGAUGCAGCCUAGAACAGCAUUCGCUUUUUCUGCUGCUGCAUCACGUUGUUGACUCGCUGUUGGCUGUUCCUAUUUAACUCAGCCUCAAUCCUUGGCCGUGCAAGACCGGAAGAAGGGUCCUGCUGGAUCCCUGCCAAGUGAGAGCCAGUGUGCAUUGCACUUCAGUGGCUGGUCAGGUGACCUGGCCCUUCCCCACCCCUUCACACAGCAGCCAAGUCAGGCUUACUAGCAUGGGCAGAGACUUGCAGCAAGAACACAACAUGACUUGUAGAUUACAGUGGAAGAGCGAUGGCUGAAUAGCGCCAGGAAGGAGCCUGGGGGAGACCUCCCCCCUCUAGGGAGCGGUCUCGCAAGGGCUUUAAACCAACCCAGUCUCCCCACCCACUUGGAGAAAUGUGCUGUACCUUGGGGAAAGCAAGACAGGUGGUCAGCCUUGGCCCCCAUCCCACCCUCUUUCACCCUCUGCCAAAGCAACUGCACCCACUGAGAGAGAACCCUCCUUAUCCAACACGCACAGUGACCAGGAUUUCCCAUCCUUUUGUGACGAGGAUCUGCCCUGUAUUUUGGGGAUGCCCCUCUCUCGUUCCUGCUGUUCCAGGCCAACUCACCUGAAUCCCCCCCCCAGCACCCAGAUAUGGCCUGGGGCAUGAAACCCCUCAAGGUGUCUGCCUCUCUCCCUUCCAUCUUCAGAAGAGCAGCUGGAUCAAGCCAAAGGGGGCCCCAUCUAGUCCCCAUCGUCCUCCCAUAGCGACCAACCAGAUGCCCAUUACAGGAAGCCCAGCGGAAGGGACAGAGGCUGAUGACUUCUAAUCCUGGAGGUGAUCUAUAUACAGGAUCGGGAACUAUCAGAACUGGUGGCCAUCAAUUGCCUUAUCCUCCAUUCAUUUGCUCAACCUGCUUUCAAGGCCACCCAAGUGGGUGGCCAUUGCUGCAUCUUGUGGUAGCCAAAUCCAUGGUUUAACUUUUGUGUUGUGUGAAGAAGUCUUUCUUGUCUGUUCUGAACCCAACGCCCUCCAGUUUUGUUGAAUGGAGAGCCCCCGUUGGGUUCCAAUAUUGGGAGAGAGGGUCUCCCACAGAGAGUGGCUGCAGAGGAGGCCCCUCUGCACUUGACAGAAGGUGGCAACUCGGACUUUGCCACGGUUGCCCAGCAGAGCCUCCCCAAGCCAAAGCAGGCCAGGCCAACUGGAGGGGAUGGCCUCACCUUAGGAUAGGAAUCUGCCAUGUUGCACAUAAUGCAUCCCAGAGAGGUAGCCAUAUUGGUCAAAGCCAAAGGACCAGCCAAACAUGUGCAGUGCAGACGUACAGCUCUCAAGUUGCACAGAACCUGUUUCUUAAACUUGUUCCAUAAUCUUUAGGGGGCCUUUUUCAGAGGACUCUGCAAAGAUGAGAAAACCCAUGAGCAGGACUGCAGGAAGUCUAGACUCCUCUCUCUUCCUUUGCCCUCCCACUGCUCCUGCUCAGUUCUGUACCAAGGAAACCCAAAUUCUGUGAUCUGAAUAAAUGAUGUACAUUGAG